AUGUUUGGAAAAAAGACCACGGACGAGCAUGAGGGGAAAGACUCUUCGACAGCAGCAGAUCAUGGCCAACCGAAACACGAAGAUACCGAAUCAGCCACCCUCCCAUCCUCAAGCACGAGCAUCGAGCAACAACCCGACGACGGAACCCCCGCUCAAGAGCCACCAGAAGGCGGUUUGAUAGCAUGGCUAGCAGUCCUCGCAUUCUUCCUCGCAAUCAUGAACACAUGGGGCAUGAUAAUCUCCUUCGGCGUCUUCCAAACCUACUACGUAACCACCCUCCACCAAACCCGUUCCACAAUCGCCUGGAUAGGUUCCCUCGCCGUCUUCCUCCUCUUCUUCACCGGCAUCAUCAGCGGGCGCCUCACAGACGCCGGGUUUUACCGCUCUGUUACCUGCACGGGCGCUUUCCUCGUCGUGCUAGGCACAUUCAUGACAUCCCUGUCCGAAACGUACUGGCAAGUUCUGCUCGCGCAAGGCAUUUGCACGGGCCUGGGGAACGGGUGUUUGCUCACGCCCAUGUCGACGCUUGUUACGAGUUAUUUUAAGAGGAGGUUGCCGUUGGUGACGGGGAUUGCGGCGUGUGGGAGUGUGACGGGCGGGUUGGUGUAUCCGUCUAUGGCUUUCCUGGGCGUCUUCUUCCCGUUCUUCUUCCUCAGCUCGUACGCGCGAGAGAAGCGGGGGAUGUCGUAUACCGAAUCGCUCAACCUCACCUUGGUUCUUAACGGCAUCGGGUUUGCGGGUCGACUGCUACCCAGCCUGAUCGCCCGAUACUGCGGCACGAUGAAUGUCUACAUCACAUUCAUCUUCUGCUCUGCAGUCUGCAUGUAUACCUGGGUCCCGGUACACUCGACUCCCGGGCUCUACGUGUGGACAGCUUUCUACAGUCUUUCUGUGGGUGGAGUUCAGUCACUCUCCCUGGCCAUCGUCCCUAUCAUUAUCUCGGAUACAUCGAAGAUGGGUGCUUCGUUUGGCAUUGUAUUUGCGGCUAUUGGAGUUGGCGCAUUGAUAGGCUCGCCUGUCUGUGGUGCUAUCAUCACGUCGAGUGGAGGCUCGUAUACUGGUGCGCAAGCCUUCUCGGGGAGUGUGUUGGUUGCUGGAGGACUGAUCAUACUGGCUGCGCGCGAAGCGAAGAGGCGGCAGAAACAGGAAGACGUUUGGGUGAAGAUGUGA